AUGCAGUCAGAAUCUAUUCCAGAGAAAGCUAGGGAAUUAGUCUCGAGGGUUUGGGGUGUACUUUUUGGUCACACUUUCAACUUGGCGUGUUUAUUUAAAUGUGGUGGUAAAGGAUUCAGUGAAGUUGCCAAGAAAGUUCAUGCUAUGGGUUUGAAGUUUGGAAUUCAUGUUAUGAGAGGAAUAAGUACACAGGCUGUGAAUGCAAACACCCUAAUCUUAGACACAAUCAAGGGAGGUGCCUAUGAGGAGUCUGGUAGAAAUUGGCGGGCGACAGAUAUUGGUCUGAAAGAGAGGACAUGCGCGUGGAUGUCACAGGGUUUUAUGAGUGUGGAUACUAAGCUUGGAGCUGGUAGAGCUUUCUUGAGGUCCCUCUAUCAGCAAUAUGCUGAAUGGGGUGUUGAUUUUGUGAAAGAUGACUGUGUUUUCGGCGAUGAUUUAAACUUAGAUGAGAUAAGGGUUGUUUCAGAGGUUCUAGAGGAGCUCAACCGUCCAAUCUUGUAUUCUCUCUCUCCUGGAACUAGUGUAACACCCACCAUGGCCAAGGAUGUAAGCAACCUUGUGAACAUGUACCGAAUCACAGGAGACGAUUGGGAUAAAUGGGAGGACGUGGCUGCCCAUUUUAACGUAACAAGAGACUUUUCUGGUGCUAAAAUGGUAGGAGCCCAGGGCUUGAAAGGGAAGUCAUGGCCUGACUUGGACAUGCUUCCACUGGGAUGGCUUACCGAUCCAGGUUCAAAUGAAGGUCCACACAGAAUCUCUGCUCUCACCCUUGAUGAGCAAAGAACACAGAUGACUUUGUGGUCUAUGGCCAAGUCUCCUCUCAUGUUUGGAGGAGAUCUGAGGAAGCUUGAUAAAACCACAUAUGAUCUCAUCACUGAACCCACCUUGCUCGAAAUAAAUUCGUUUAGCACAAUUAACGUGCAGUAUCCUUACAUCACUUCAAGUGACGAGCCAGACAUGGUCCUUACAAGGAAAUCUAGAAAUGUAAAGGAAGAGAGAACACUAGAUAACCAUGUUAUGGGUCUCACUAGCUGCAAGGAUGAUAAGACAAAUGGUUGGGUCAUCGAAUCUCUUGAUCAGGGGUUUGACCGUGUUUGCUGGAAGAAAAACACAGGAAGCAAGUAUAAACCACCAUUUUGCUUGUACAAGAGAAAACCAGUCUUGACAACCAAUGAAGAGAUGGUAUACGGACAACAGUAUAAAGGGGGAGCUCAUUUAUUAGCAACAGAUAAAGAGAACUUAUGCUUGGAAGCAUCUCCAAGUCGGAAGCUUACUUCUCAGGAGAUGCAUAGUAGUUCAUUUUCCCCUUGCAAAUGGAAUGCAAACCAGAUGUGGGAGCUAGGCGUUAACGGCUCCCUAGUAAACAGUUAUUCUGGUCUAUGUGCAACACUGAAGAAAGUAAAAGCGAACGUUGACUCCAGAGGAAUUCGCUCUUGGGUUGCUAAAGGAAGAAGAGGAGAAAUCUAUCUCUCUUUUUUCAACCUAACCCCGGAAAAGACAACCGUUUCUGCAAACAUAUCAAAACUGGCUGCACUAUUUUUUCCUCAGAGGAAGUUUAGUAAAGCUUCAUGCAAGUACAGAGAAAUAUGGAGUAAAAAAGACUUCGGAAUAGCAAAAGAAGAAACAAUCUCAAUUAGCAUAAAUGAACAUGGUUGCGCACUAUUUGUCCUCAACUAUAACUGGUUGUAA